CGCUUCAAUUGGGUCCUCUACACCGUAAUCCCUCUACAGCUCCAGCACUCUGCGGUCACGUCUUUCGGUGUGUCUCUUAGCGAGAUAUGCAGGAGAGGGAUGUGGUCGCUGUUUCGUGUCGAGAAUGAGCACUGCACAAACGUAGGCCGCUUCCGUGCAAGUCGGGACGUUCCACUGCCAUACUACGUUCCGUCGAGUCCUGCAGUUGAGCCUGAAGUUGAGCGGGGUCAUCGUCAUCGGGUCGAUGAGGAACAACCUGCUCCAAAGCGCGCUUCGGCCUCAGGCCUCGAUCCUGCUUCGGCAACAGGCGCGGACCUCGACCGUUCUCGCUCAUCCGCACGCCAGCGUCGUAUCUACCAAGACGGGGCUCGUCCUUCCCCGCUGCAACGCGCGUUCACCCAAGUUGGCGAUAUUGUUCGCGGCGCACACGCUCAGGAUUUCGAGCGGAAGAGGAAGCCUGAGCUGGGCCGUGACCCGCGUGAGACCAAGGUUGAAGAGGACGACACUGACGACGACUCCGAUAUUGAGGAAGAGCAAGGUGAAGAUGGCAGCGGCAAUGAAAGUGGGGAGCCUGAGGGUCGUGAUAGUGAGGAAGAAGCUCAGGAUGAUGAAGAGGAAAGUGCGCUUUCGCGGAUCAGAGAAGAUUUGGAGAUUGGUAUGAGUGGCGCACGGAGUGAUCGGGCGCACGAUGAGUGAGGUUGUGCGCAACAGUAGAGCACUAGGAGAUGAUGAUGCAAGUCAAUCAAUCCAGUUGGACACA